AUCACAGUGGUGCUGGCCUUCCUGGCCACAAAGCCAGGGAACAGGGUGAGGAGAUGGCUGGGGAAGAGUCUGGCCAAUUCCAUUGUCAUUUCCUGUUCCAGUAUCCACGUUGUCAUCUGCGCCAUCUGGCUGGGGACCUCUCCUCCAUUCCCUGACUCUGACAUGCACUCCCAGCCUGGAAAGAUCAUCCUCCAAUGCAACGAAGGGUCUGUUGCCAUGUUUUAUGGUGUCCUUGGCUACAUGGGCUUCCUGGCUGCCAUCUGCUUCAUGGUGGCUUUCCUAGCCAGGAAGCUGCCUGGGGCCUUCAAUGAAGCCAAGCUGAUCACCUUCAGCAUGUUGGUCUUCUGCAGUGUUUGGGUCUCCUUUGUGCCCACCUACCUGAGCACCAAGGGGAAAUACAUGGUAGCCGUGCAAGUCUUCUCUAUCUUGGCCUCCAGUGCUGGGCUUCUGGGCUGCAUCUUCAUGCCCAAGUGCUACAUUAUUGUA